AUGACUAAUAAUAAUCUUCUACUCUUAGGAUUGAUAUUGAUAACUUUGAAUGGAUUUAGUAUAGAUAUAUCUGGAAAGGAUUGUCCUUGUGAUACUUACACAACUCAACUAGAUUGUAAUUCUGCUUCUGCAUGUGAAUGGUCAGACUCAAAAUGUGUUGUUGUGGAUUGCUCUACUAAAUCUACUAUUUUAUUAUGUAAUGUUGCAAACUCUGUCUGUGCAUAUAAUUAAUCUAAUGAAUGUAAAACUUUUACAUCUUGUUCUGAUUAUAAAUAUUAAGAUGAAGCCACAUGUCUAACGAUUGGAUGUUAAGCUGAUUAAAAAGGAACAGAUGGCUUAUAUCAAUGUAAAGAUAUUACAUCAAUUCUAAAAUGUUCAGAAUUGAAAACAGAUUCUGAAUGCACUAAUCAUCAUUGUUUUUGGAAUAAUGAAUAAACUUGUGUGGCACCAACUUGUUCUUAAUAAACAACAAUUACAGAUUGUACAGCUAUUAGAUCUGAUAUUGCUACUACCUGGUAAAUAUGUUAAUGGACACCUGGAACUAGUACUUGUUCUGAUGCCACUGGAUUAACAUAAACGAAUUGUGCUGUACUUACAAGAGGAUCUUAUUAUUGGAAUUCAGAUUCUAGUGCUUGUGAAGUUUGUAAAGACUUAUCCAAUUAUUCAAACCUUAUUCCUUUUGGAUUAGCAUUCCUUAUCUUAAUUAUAUGA